AUGAGCUUGACCCGCUGGACAAGUCCAUAUACCACUUCUACGGGAAGCGGCAGCACGAGCGAGUUCAGAUAUGGUCCGCUGAAGAGCUCUAAAACAGGCAUCCGCCUCGCUCAAAUCCUACCAGGCAUCGGCAACAAGGGUCUGGCCAUAAAUCUCAUCGACAGCUUCGUUACCGGUCCUAAUAAGACCCCAUACAAUGCCCUGUCCUAUACGUGGGGUGACGGAGCUCGCAACAAGAGUAUCGCCUGCAAUGGCAAACGUCUAGCUGUUACUCAGGCUCUGCUCGAAGCCUUACAUCGCUUCCGCGACCCCACGCGUACCUUGACACUCUGGAUUGACCAGAUAUGUAUUUGUCAGGAGCGAGUCAAAGAGCGCAAUCAACAAGUCUCCAUUAUGGGUGAUAUCUUCAAAGCCGCACGUAAAGUUAUCGUCUGGCUUGGUGAGGACUACGACGACAGUAAAGCUGGUAUGCAGCUAGCUGGACAUCUACGAAGUAUUGGACGACGUUCCGAGAGCGCUGGACUCGGCCCUGAACACAUCGAUCUAUAUGGCCUGCCCAAAAGAGGUCACAAGAAGUGGAAAGCCUUGUCGGGUAUCCUUCGCAGACCCUGGUUCUGGAGAUCAUGGGUUGUCCAGGAAGUGGUUCUGAACCCGCAGGUAGAACUAGUGCUGGGUGCUAAUAUGCUUACUUGGGAUGAGCUUGAAAGCAUCGUUGCCCUGCUCGAAGGACCGCUCCCAAGAGCAUGGCAAAUCGACCAAGCCAUAUCCUUCUCCGAGCUACCUUUCUCGCGAAUCAAUCGUAUCAGGUUGCGACACCGUCAGCAGCUUGGUACUACAGCUGGUGCACCACGUGACUCGCUGGAGGGAAGUCUCGGAAGUGUAGUACUGGUCGACGAGCCUGAAUCUAUGAUUGAUGGGUCCCACGCCAACGAUCCUGAGCUCCUUGAUCUGCUUCUGGUAUCCCGCGAGCUUGGCGCAUCGGAUCCCAGAGACAAAGUCUACGCAUUACUUGGGCUAGGCCGGCACGAUAUCACUCCUGACUACGAGGCCUCACCUGAAGAUAUCUACAUCGAGUUCGCACAACACCAAAUUGGUGCCGUGACCAAUCUUCUGUCGGAAGCUGAAGCCAAUGACGAAGAGCUGGAUGUCAACCGAACAGAAGUCCGCAGAGCAAUGGUCAUGCUUUCCUGCGCUGGUCGACAGAACCAGAAGCGCAAGCUACCCAGUUGGGUACCAGAUUGGACUACGAAUCUGGCUUCGCGCCCACUGAUCUUUGGACUCGGUGGAAACUAUCGUGCGGGCGGUAGUACGUUAGGAAUGGUUGACUACGACUGGGAACGAGGUCUCCAGCUUGGUGGUAUCCUCCUUGACACCGUUCAAACAGUCGGAGAAACCCUGCUGCAGCUCGAUAGCGACCUCGACCCUCACGAGAUGAUAACGCAAUGGUGGCGUGAAGCCCAACAGAUUGCACUAGAGCGUAUUGUCCGCUCACCAGGCAGCACAAUCUACACCGAUGCCUUCGAAGCCUUACGGAGACGACUCAUGCUCUGUAAACACGGCUACUAUGUUGGCGAAGGUAGCAAUUCCCGCAGAGACAGUCUGCUCGACGACCAAGACAAUGGUGAGAAUAGCCGCCAUAGCGCUACCCAGACUCUCACGCUUGGCCCGACAAGGGGGCGGGUCAUGUUUGCAUCUUCUACAGGGUUCCUGGGUUUAGUACCGCAUGGGACGCAAGAGGGCGAUGUAGUCUUUGUGAUUAGAGGCGCGGAUGUACCGUAUGUUCUUCAACAUGUCCAUGGUGAUGCUUAUGUUCUGAUUGGUGAGGCGUAUGUGCAGGGUGUCAUGGAUGGGGAGGCGUUAGGCAUGGGGUUGAAGCAGACGAUUGUGCUGCGAUGA